UCCCUCUUGCCACAUCCCUAUGAAGGGGGAGGGGAGGGGAGAGUCAGUUACUGGAAGACGUGUGCAGGAUGAAGCUCGGCUGUCUUCUCCUCGUCUCCCUGAUCCAGGUGUGCCAUGGAAGCACAGAGGCGCCGUGUGAGGCGGGAUUUACCGAGCAGCGCUAUGCUUUCACCGUCACCCGCAAGGUUCUGGAACGAGGAAGAGUCCUGGGGAAAGUGACCUUCGAUCCCUGCUCCUCGGGGCCCCGGGCCCUCUACUCCCCCGAUGACACCCGGUUCCGGGUUUUCCCGGACGGGAAGGUGACGGUGAAGAGGCAGGUCACCCUCCAUGACGGAUCCGUCAGCUUCGUGUUGAACGCCUGGGACGGCGCUGGGAAGAAAUAUUCGGUGACGGUGUCGGUGUGGAACGAGAGGGAGGACACUCCCCGUUUGUUGAAGAGGCAGAAGAGAGAUUGGUCGAUCCCUCCGGUGGUGAUCGCUGAGAAUGACAGGGGACCGUUUCCUAAACGCGUUGUCCAGAUUCGUUCGUCUCAGAGCACAAAAACCAAGAACAUUAAAUACUCUAUAAGUGGGGGAGGAGCCGACCGGCCCCCCGUUGGGGUUUUCACCAUUGACGCCAACACCGGAUUCCUUGCGGUUACCCGAUCUCUGGACAGGGAGGAGAUCGAUAAAUACGAGCUGGAGGUCCAGGCUUUGUCCGAGGCGGGAGCCAAGGUGGAAGAGCCAAUGAAAUUCAUCGUUAAAGUGAUCGAUCAGAAUGACAAUCAGCCGAUCUUCACACAGACCGUAUCUGAUGGAUUUGUGACAGAGGGAGCCCCGAAGGGGACUUCGGUGAUGACGAUCGCAGCGAGCGAUUUGGACGACACCAAAGAGGGUAAUAACGGGAUAAUUCGCUAUUCCAUCCUCCAACAAACACCCAAAGAGCCGCCCAACGCGUUUGCCAUCGCCGCUGACACCGGGGUCAUCACUGUUACUGCAGAGGGAUUGGCCCACCAGCGCAAUCCAAAAUUUUCUUUAGUGAUCAGAGCGGCAGACAAGGAGGGCCACGGAUUUUCAAUCAGUAGAACAGUUGUGAUCGCCGUGGGCAAGGCUGACCUCCCGGAAAUGUCGGGGGUCGCUCCGAGUUUGCUGACCACACAUGUCCUGAACAUCGCACAAGGGACCCCGGCUAAAGGCCUGACCAUGACCUUGUCCAAGUUCAAUGGCAGAGAAGCAAAAUGGGAACAAGUCAGCAGAAGUGUCACUGACCAGGACGGCCGCUGUCCAGGACUUCUGCUGGGAGAACCUCUUACAGCCGGGACCUUCCAGCUGCGAUUCCAUACCGGAGAAUAUUGGAAGCAGUUAAAUCUGGAGGCCUUCCACCCCUAUGUAGAGGUGGUUUUCAUCAUUAAUGACCCAAAAGUGAAAUAUCACGUCCCUCUCCUGAUCACCCCACAUUCCUAUUCCACCUACAGAGGGAGCUAGAGAGCUGAAGGUGACCGCCGCACCGCCGCGCAUUUCUGACAUUUCACCAAAGAAGCGCAGAGAUUUUCCUUCAAAUAAAUAAAUAUGAAAUGAAAUCUU